UUUCACCUCUUUUCUCUUAACACUCUUGUUGCUUCACUAUGUUAUGGCUAUUUCAGCCAUGACCCAUACUAACGUUACCACUGAUCAAUUAGCUCUUCUCUCCCUUAAAUCCCAAAUCAUUUCAGACCCAUUUCACUUCUUGAAUGAAAGCUGGUCUCCCGCUACGUCUGUUUGCCAUUGGGUUGGAGUCACUUGUGGCUCUCAUCAUCAGAGAGUGAAAUUCUUGAAUCUUUCCAACAUGGCUCUAACAGGCAAGAUUCCCUGUGAACUUGGAAACCUCACAUUUCUUGUUUUUCUUAACUUGGGAAGCAACAAUUUCCAUGGAAAUUUGCCUCUAGAAAUGGCACGCUUGCACCGGCUUAAGGUUCUUGAUUUAAGUUUCAACAGCUUCAGCGGGGAGGUUCCCUCUUGGUUUGGUUUUUUACACCAACUUCAAUUUCUAAGUCUUAGGAAUAAUGGUUUCACGUGUUCACUCCUCUCUUCAUUUUCUAAUAUUUCAAAGCUUGAAACCUUGGAUUUGGCAUUCAAUUCCUUAGAUGGUCAAAUCCGAAAAGAGAUUGGUAGUGUUGAAUACCUGAGAAAUUUAAACUUGUAUGGAAACAAUCUCAUAGGCUCCAUUCCUCCGUCACUCACGAAUGCCUCAAGGUUAGAGACUUUAGAUUUAUCUCGAAAUUUACUUCAAGGAUAUAUUUCAGAAGGAAUUGGCAAUCUUCACAACCUGAACUUCUUGUCCAUACAAGAUAAUCAUCUUAUCGGUUCUAUUCCAUUCACAAUUUUCAAUAUUUCGAAAAUCAAAGUCCUUGCAUUUACAAAGAACAGUCUAUCAGGAGAUCUUCCUAAUGGUUUAUGCAAUGAUCUCACAAUACUCAAAGACCUUUAUCUGUCUUAUAACAAGCUUCACGGACGUAUGCCUACAAGCUUGUCAAAUUGUUCACAACUUCAAAUGUUGUCUUUAUCAUACAAUGAGUUUGAUGGUCCAAUACAUAGUGAAAUUGGAAAAUUGAGUAACUUGCAGGAAUUGUAUCUCGGAUAUUACCAUUUCACAGGUAUGUUCCUGUUGCAUUAACUAUCUUAUGAUUGUUAGUAGUAUUGAAUCCAAUUGCUUCUACAAAUAAUUUAUUGCACAUGAAUUUCAGGUAUAAUUCCAUUAGAACUGGGAAAUCUUGUUAAUUUGAUAUCCAUAUUCAAUAUCUCCUCAUUGCAUUAUCUUUCACUAGGGAAAAACAAUCUCAAGGGAUCCUUACCACUGGACAUUGGAAACUUAACAAAGAUGCAAUUUUUAUAUCUUACAGAAAAUAGGUUUACUGGUGAAAUCCCAAAGAGAUAAG